AUGUCGCCAAGACGCUUCUUGGCUCCUCAAGCUCAUCAGCUCCUUCCUCUCAAUCACUCCCCAUCCUUCCAAGUAUCAGCCCUCUCACACAAUCCUCUCUCUCUCCUUCCGCCUCCCAGGAAGGUCGUGGACGUCCCUCCCGCACUCCAAGGGAUUUUCAAGCACGUCUUCGACUUCGACGCUUUCAACGACAUGCAGCAUCGCCUUGGGUGCUCCGACUGGAUCCGGCAAGACUGCUGUCUUCGAGAUGUGUGUCUUCCUUUAGUGUGUGGAGAGGCUUCUGAUCUUGAUUUCUUGUGGUGGAACCUGUUGGGAAAUAUCAGGGCCAUCUGCAAACUGUUUGCCGAGCGAAGAGGCAGCAGGAAAUAUCCGGAGAAGGCCAUCUUCCUUGCACCGGCCAAGUUCUUGGUUUCUCAAAAAUACGAAUCUUGGAAACCCAAGUUUCAAUCUUCAAUGCAAGUAAACGUUGUCAUGUUGACAGGAGACACAGAAAUAUCCGUCAGCGAUCUCAUGGCAGAGGUCGAUGACAGCGCACUCAGUACUCGGAUACCCAAGUACUGGGAAAAAUCUCAUAAAAUUGCAUUCGCAAGGAAGGCCAGUACUGUUGGAGCAAAUCUUCCAGCAUACUUAGUAAUCAUCAAAUCCACUCUAACGUACGACAGCAACACGAAGGCCUGGAAGGAAGGGCUGGUGCACACCUACGCAAAUUCCAAGUUGCCUGUCCUUAAGAAAACGAUUGAAUUGGCAGGGCGACCAGGCUACGACGUGGAAGGAAAAACGCCUCUCGAAAGCCAACUUCAUCUUGCCUUGAUCGAGCAUCUGAACAGUGAAAUCGUUCUAGAGACCAUCAAAGACAUAGAUACCAUGCUCGCAUGGGCUUCGGAGACAUUCUUAUGGGUUCGAGCGAAGAAAAGACCAAAAUUCUAUUUUCCAGCUCUUAUGUCUUCCAAGUGCGAGAUUUCAGAUUCUAGAAUAGAACAGCACAUCAAGCACUUGAUGAUGCAAGAAUACAACAAAUUGAGAAACGCUGAGCCUCCAUUUGUGGUGCCUUUAGACAGAGACGCACUUACAUUUUCAAGCACGCCAUUGGGAGCUAUCAUGGCUAAGUACUGUAUUGCAUACGAAACUAUCUUGAGCUUUCGUACCGUUCCUGAGACAGCUCAAACAAGUGAACUAAUCGAAGUGAUCUCCUAUGCUCAAGAAUUUUCUCCUUUCCAUUGUAGAAAUGAACAAAAAAAGAUACUUGAGAAUGCCAACAAGGACAGCAAGCUUGUACGAUUCAAGAUUUGCAAGAAAUCCAAUACUGGAGGUUGGACUACACCGAGAAAAGUCAACUGCUUGCUACAAAUCGCCAUCAGCACCGGAACAAUCGAAAACUUCACGUUGCGACAGGAAAUGCAGGGAAUAUGUGACACUGGAUGUCGAGUCUGCGAGGCAUUGAUAGGCAGAAGACAUGGCAUGAUGAUAAGAAUGGAAGGAUACUUCAGCAGCUUCCUGGUGUACUCUGAUAUCACGGUAUAUGAAGGGAUGACUGGUGCAAUUAGAAAACUUGUAGCUUCAGGAGUGAAAGAUCUUGAGGAUCUCAAUCAGCUGGGACCAGGGAAGUUUGAAUCUCUUGUUGGUAGACAUACAGGAGUACAAUAUAGCAAGGCUUUCGACGGCAAGAAAGCUGACAUCGACUUGAGAAUAACAGCUGUUUCGGUGUGCAACUUCAAGAAGAAAACAUUUUUACCAGUUCUUUUGGUGGGUUCAGAACAAGGAGGGAUCAUCCUCAAGAAAGCAUUGCAAUUCCCGGUUAUAAACAAGAAUUUCGUGGGCAGGGAUGCUGUCCUUGAGAUCGUGCUCUUCGUGAGAAGCAACAUCAAUCCAGUCACUACAGCUGAUCAUGCCAGCAAGGAAGCAGAUCCAGAAAACCAUCAUCAUGACAUCAAACGGAAAGUGAAGAGGCCAAAACAAGAUUCGAUCGUCAGAGAAGCUCUAGAAAACAAAGUAUCCGUCAAGAAAGUCAAGCUGCUCCACAGCUCCCUAUCCGAGACCACCAAGGCUAUUCAUCGUACCCGCGAGGAGUCAGAACCAUUCAACUGGGAUAUCGAGAGAUUCGCCUACAGAGGCUCCCAAGCCCCCUCGCGAUGUGACCGCCCAGGGUCAAUGCAGUCAUAUGGACGUGAGGCUUUGCAGGGUUACAUCAGUCAUACAGUCGAUACGCCAAGGAAAGAAGUUGCAGGAAUCAACGGGAAGUUGUCAAUGAGCUCUGUUGUCGAACCUCACGCUUCCAGAUAUCCGCUUCAGUUACAAAAGUCAGUGUUUGCAUUUCUAGCUGCCACCAACGACGAGGUGCCUGCAAGGAGUUGUAAUUUGGAAGCCAAGCAUCACUCGUUUAGCUACGACUCUUUCUUCGAGGAGUUUUGA